ACCCGAGCUGUCCUGCCCGUCGGGGAGUGGUGAGAAAGGUCGAGCGGCGACAUUUGCAGCACGGGCCCUGUGCCAUGGCUCUGGCCGCGGAUUCGGCAGCCGGUGCUCGUGCAGAAUCAGGGUGUGGGAUUUUGAAAUCUGUCUUCUUGCAUUCACGCCAGUAAAUUCAACUGCAUGAAACUGGAUGGAGAACAGACUGCCGACUGUGUCGGGUUCCAGAGAGAGCUGGCUUUCAACCUUCCAGCGUGUUGGAGGCAAUUGUAGAGCUUGUGGUGGCCCCAGGGAAACAUCUGGACCAUGAAGGUGGCCUUCAGAUUGCUUCUCCCGCUUGUUCUUGUGCUGAUCUCGGAGGUGAGCGGGCAGCGGAGGAAGCCUCCAAGGAAACCCACCCGCCCGCCUCCUGAGUUCAUUGAGCCCGUCGAGCCCACAGAGCUGCCUCCACCCCUACCACCAGGCCCCCCCUCCAUCUUUCCAGACUGCCCCCGAGAAUGCUACUGCCCCCCAGACUUCCCCUCCGCCCUCUACUGUGACAGCCGCAACCUGCGGAAGGUCCCCAUCAUCCCAUCCCGCAUCCACUACCUCUACCUCCAGAACAACUUCAUCGAUGAUCUCCCGGAGGAGUCCUUCAGGAACGCCACAGAGCUGAAAUGGGUCAACCUAGACAACAAUCGCAUCCGGAAGGUGGACAGGCGGGUCCUGGAGAAGCUGGAAAACCUCAUCUUCCUCUACAUGGAGAAGAACCAGCUCAAGGAGGUGCCUUCCUUCCUGCCACCCAACCUGGAGCAGCUGCGUCUGAGCAGGAACCAGAUCUCCAAGAUCCCUGCUGGCGUCUUCAACAAGCUGGAGAACCUGGUGCUCUUGGAUCUGCACCACAACAAGCUAAGCGAUGGGGUCUUCAACAAAAACACCUUCAAGGGACUCAAGAACCUCAUGCAACUCAAUCUGGCCCACAACAUCCUGAGGAAAAUGCCCCCCGGGGUACCCAGUGCCAUCCACCAGCUCUUCCUGGACAGGAACAACAUUGAGGAUAUCCCCAGUGACUACUUCAAGGAGUUCCCCAACCUGGCAUUCAUCCGGCUCAACUACAACCAGAUCUCCGACAAGGGGCUCCCCAAGAACUCCUUCAACCUCACCAACUUGCUGGUGUUGCACCUGGCCCACAACAAGCUCACCAACGUCCCUUUCAUCAGCCCCAAGCUGGAGCACCUCUACCUGAAUAACAACUCUAUUGAAAAAAUCAACGGGACGCAGAUCUGCCCCACCUCGCUGGUGUCCAUCCACGACUUCUCCCCCUCCGACCUGGAUAGCGUGCCCCGGCUCCGCUACCUGCGGCUGGAUGGGAACCUCCUGAAACCUCCCAUCCCCUUGGACCUGAUGAUGUGUUUCCGUCUCCUGCAGUCCGUGGUUUUCUAGCCCUGCCCAGCAGCGCACCUCUCCCAGGACUUGGCUUUGCACAGAGACUCGAACCCUGUCUAUGUUUGACACGUGGGACCCUCUUUGUCUCCCUCUUCCCCUGCUCACACCCCGUCUCCAUCCCUCUUCCCUCUCCCCCUUUCCUCCCCGGCGAUGGCCGUGGACACGCGUGGUAUGGGCAUCCUUGGGGACCGCUGUCUGCAGGACAGCCCCGCGUCGCAGCAGCCAUCCCAGGUCACGGCAUCAGCCCGGGGUGGCUGCCACGCUCACCCCAGUUCCCUGCCUGCGGGCCCUGCCUUCUCUGCCCUCACCCUGCCCUGGAGCUGGCUCUGUUUUCUCCCCUUCCACCAGGCAGAGUUUCAGGAGGUUGGAUUAGGUCCAAGCCAAGAGCAUCACCGGAUGGAGCUGACGAGGGAGCCCAGGGGUCACCUUGCUGCGGGACUCGGGUCACAGCAUCACUCGGGGUGGCUGCCCCCUGAGAGCCUGCCGUGUCCCUGGGGAAAAAUCCCCAGUGACGGAGGCGGAGCUGGUGUGCCGAGGGUGCAGGUGGCCACCCUGCAGCCCUGGGGCGUCGGGCGAUGCCAGCCGGGCGUACCGGGCGGCUGAGGGAGCAGGAUCCGUGCGGCGGAGGGUGGCUGGGGCUGGCACCGACCGGCAGGACCGGCAACGACACCUCGUGGCCACAGCCACGUCCCGGGGCCCCGGGCGAGGGACACGCUCCUCCCGCCUGGGCCCUCCUGGGGGCCCUUGGCCUUGGCUCCGCAUUGCUCCGGGCUUAUUCCCUCGUGGUGGUGUGAACUCGCCAGGACAGAGUGCGGAGGGUGUCCCGCACCCUCCUUUGCAAGACCAGCCCCCUCCCCAGCUUUCAUCCCUCCCAGGCUCCCCCCAGCAGCAUCAAUCCAUGGUGUCGCAGCCCCCUCCCAGCACCCAGCACCCUCCGGCCGCCCCGUGCUGUGGAGAUGCCGGGCUCAGCGCCGCGGCCGCACUCUGCUCCUGCCAGCUACCCCCUGCCCUCCCCACGCCUGGGGACCCCAGUGCUGGUGACCUGCCCCGGACACGGGGCCCCCCUGGGGGCAGAGCAGAGCCAGGGGCUUUGCAGCAGUGCCAGUGGGACACUUAACUCUCAUAUUGAGGUGCCUGGGGCCAGAUGCUGACGUGGGUGUAAGACCCCAAGUUGACCCGUGAGAUCUCCGCUCUGCUCUCACACCUCUACUCCCAUCUCCUGUUUUACUCUCUGUUGCUUUCUUGAACCAAACACACGUGACUGGUUUUGCCUUUGUUGUUGUUGUUGUUUGUUUU